AUUGGAGUAUGUAGCAUGAUAUGGCCUGAAUGGUUUAGAGCAAUACAGCAGGACUGUGGUCCUGACUACAAUUGAGUGUUCAGAGAUUUCGGGCAGAAAUAAGAGAAAAAGAUUGAUUCUGACUGGGUGCUGAAACGCUCUCAUCGUUUCAAUCCCCGAGCAGCUAUGGCUGAAAUAAAGACGGGCGUUUUCGCCAAAAACGUACAGAAGAAGCUGAGUCGGGCUCAGGAAAAGGUGCUACAGAAGUUGGGGAAGGCUGAUGAGACAAAAGAUGAGCAGUUUGAACAGUGUGUUCAAAACUUCAAGAGACAGGAGUCAGAGGGUGCAAGGCUACAGAGGGAAAUGAAGGCUUAUAUAGCAGCUGUAAAAGGAAUGCAGCAGGCCUCCAUGAAUCUGACAGAAUCUCUCCAUGAAGUGUAUGAGCCUGACUGGCACGGCAAGGACGAUGUGAUGUCUAUUGCAAAGAAUUGUGAUGCAUUAUGGGAAGACUUCCAUGAAAAACUGGUGGACUCCACGAUUUUAGCAUUGGACACAUAUUUGACUCAGUUCCCUGAUAUCAAGAUACGUGUAGCCAAGCGGAGCAGGAAGUUAAUUGACUACGACAGUGCAAGGCACCAUUUCGAGACCCUGCAGACUUCUGCCAUUAAGAAUGAAAGAAAGGUUGCAAAGGCAGAAGAAGACUUAAAAAAGGCACAGAAAGUGUUUGAUGAUCUAAAUGUCGAUCUGCAGGAUGAACUGCCUACUUUGUGGGACAGUCGAGUGGGAUUUUAUGUGAAGACCUUCAAGAGUGUCAGCAGCCUGGAAGCCAAAUUUCACAGGGAAAUCUCAGUUUUCUGUCACAAACUGUAUGAGGUGAUGAACAAGCUUGCAGAGCAACACUCGGACAAAAUGUUCACCAUUCAAGGAGCACCCAGUGACUCAGGUCCAUUGCGCUUGGCCAGGACCCCAACCCCUCCUGAGGAUGAGAGUCCAGAGGACAGCCCUGUUGCCAGCCCCAACCACACACUGAGACCUACUUCACCCGGCCCUCCUCGGCCCAAAUCCCCCUCACAGAGUGAAGAUCUUAAGAUGGGCCCUCCAAAGCCUCCUCCUCCCAAAGUCACUCCAACCAAGGAGAUGCCCCAAGAGCAAAUCAUCAACCUGUUUGAUGGAGGCUUUCCUGAGAUUAGCAUCACAUCACCGCAGACAAAUGAGAAACCCAUGGAAUCUCUCCUGGACAUGGACUUUGACCCAUUCAAGCCAGACAGCAAUACAACUGCUGAACAAACCCAGCCAGCUGCAUCUCAGGCACUAUCAUGGGAUCUUUGGACGACAAAUACUGAGGCCGAACCUGCUUCAGAUGCUGGCUUUACUGCUAACUGGACGGCUGACUUUGGUUCUGUAGCUCAAGAUUUGGGAGCUGUUCAGCCUGCAACAGAUGGUCAAGGUUGGCCUUCUGCAGAAGGAUGGCCUACAGAUACAGUGCCCCAAGGAGAAGCCACAGGCGAGGUUAGAAGCUGGGAUACAAAGUAUGACCAAGAGCCAAAUCCAGAGUGUGGAAAGUGUGCUCUGAAGAUUGGAAAGAUAGAUCCUUUGGUUGAACAGCAGCCUGUUCAGGAGGGUACUGAGGAAGCAUGCAAAUCAGAGCAAUCAGACUCAGACACACAUCAGUCUGGGUGGACUGAGGAUGAGGAAGAAUGGGCCUCAAAAAAGAAAAACCUAGCUUUAGAGGACAAUGGAGCUAAAAAAUCACUGCCAGGGAUUAUAUUCACAAAUGAGUUUGGCCAAGAAAUAGCAGAAGCCACAGAGGGAAGCUGGCAGGGAUUCUACAGUGAAGAAGAGGGAAAGUGGUACUCAACAGGUCAAGGAGAUAUAGAUGGGUCGGGGUCUGAAUAUGAGACUGCUGAGGAGUGGGGAAAUACUUCUGGUCAGAAUAGCGGAUGGAUCAGUGCUGAUGAUGAACUUGAAUCUGCAGAAAGUGAGCGACCAAUGUCUGCUUCAAGCUUUAGUGGUGAUACUUUUAUAGCGAAUUGGGACCAGCUGGCAAUGACAGUAACAGCAAAGCCUAUUCAAACAAAAGAGCUAGAAAACGAAAAUUCAACUAAUUAUGUCUUCAGCACAGCAGAUCCUACUCAUAGCAUAGAGCAGAAUGAUACUGUUGACAAUUCACUUUCAAAUGUUUCAAAAUCCAAAUUAUGCUCUGACCCGUUUUGCAAAUCAGAAGAUGCAGCAUUUGGUUCAGGGUCUGAUACGUCAGAGGAAGAUCAAUUUAGUACUGGCAGUGACUCAUUUAGCAACUCAGACAAAGGUCUGUUUUUAGCAUCAAAAUCAGAAUACUGUCAGAAAGUUGCCAGUGACCCUAUUGCUAUGCAAAGGGAAGAUAUUUAUGUCUGUCACUGUUCAUCUACAGAAGGCCAAGUAAGUGGCUAUACUUCAGAUCCUUUUCAAGCAGGGGAUGUAUUAACUUCUGAAAUCAAAUCAGACCCUUCUGCUAGUAAGACUACUCAGAAGAAUUUGGCCAGUGAUACUGACAAGGAUCCUUUUACUAGUUGUUCUAACUGUGUUCCAUUUGUUAGUGACAUUGACCAGGAUGCUUUUAUCAGUGUGAUUGACCGGGAUCUAUUUGCCAUUGAGACUAUCCCGGAUCCUUUUGCGAGCGAAACUGACCAAGAUCCUUUUACUAAUGAGAUUAACCAGGAUCCACUUUUCAGUGAGACUAUGCAGGAUCCUAUUGCAAAGGAAACUGACCAAGAUCCUUUUAUCAGUGUGAAUGACCAGGAUCAAUUUGCCAUUGAGACUAUCCAGGAUCCUUUUGCCAGUGAAACUGACCAGGAUCCUUUUAUUAAUGAGAUUAACCAGGAUCCAUUUAUCAAUAAGACUAUCCAGGAUGCUUUUGCCAAGGAAAUUGGGCAAGAUCCUUUUAUCAGUGUGAUUUACCAGGAUCCAUUUGCAAUUGAGACUGUUCAGGAUCCUAUUGCAAAAGAGACUGACCAAGAUCCUUUUACUAAUGAGAUUAACCAGGAUCCACUUUUCAGUGAGACUAUGCAGGAGCCUAUUGCAAAGGAAACUGACCAAGAUCCUUUUAUCAGUGUGAUUGACCGGGAUCUAUUUGCCAUUGAGACUAUCCCGGAUCCUUUUGCGAGCGAAACUGACCAAGAUCCUUUCACUAAUGAGAUUAACCAGGAUCCACUUUUCAGUGAGACUAUGCAGGAUCCUAUUGCAAAGGAAACUGACCAAGAUCCUUUUAUCAGUGUGAAUGACCGGGAUCUAUUUGCCAUUGAGACUAUCCAGGAUCCUUUUGCCAGUGAAACUGACCAGGAUCCUUUUAUUAAUGAGAUUAACCAGGAUCCAUUUUCCAAUAAGACUAUCCAGGAUGCUUUUGCCAAGGAAAUUGGGCAAGAUCCUUUUACCAGUGAGAUUAACCAGGAUCCAUUUGCCAGUGAGACUGUCCACGAUCUUUUUGCUGUUAAAACUGAUUGGGAUUCUUUUGCCAUUGAGAAUAUUCGGGAUCCUUUCACCAUUGAGACUGACAAGAAUUCUUUUACCAGUAAGAUUACCUGUGAUCAUUUUGCCAGUGAAAAUAACCAGGAUCCCUUUUUAAGUCAUGCCAGCCAGGAUCGUUUUGCCAGUGAAAAUAAUAAGGAUCCUUUUAUGAGUCAGACUAACUGUUUUUCUUUUGCGAGUGAGAUCAACCAGAAUUCAUUUGCUAGUGAGACUGUGCAGGAUCUGUUUGCCAAUGAAACAAAUUGGAUUUUUUUUGCUAGUGAGAAAAUCCAGGAUCCUUUUACCAGUAAAACUAUACAGGAUCCUUUUACUAGUGAGAUUAAUCAGGAUUCUUUUACUGGUAAAAUAAAUCUGUUUCCUUUUCCUAAUAAAAGUGAUCAGGAUCCUUUUGCCAGUGAGACAAAUCAAGAUUCUUACACCAAUGAGAAUAACUGGGAACCCUUUGCUAUUGAGAACCAUGAGUACCAUGUUCAUUUUGCUAGUAAGAUUAACCAGAAUCUUUGUACUAAUGAAAAUAACCAAGAUGUUUUUGUUAGUGAGACACCUCUGGGUACUUUUGCUACUGUGACUAAUCAGGAUACGCUUACUAGUGAGACUAAGCAGAGUUAUUUUGCUUGUGAGACUAAACAGGACCUUUAUGCCCAUGGAACUAAUGAAGCCCCAUUCAUUAGAGAUACAAGCCAGGGACCUUUGGCUAGUGAGGGCAAGCAAGGAUGGUCAGGGGUCUGGGAGUCAGCAAGAGGAGAAGAAAUAGACCUUUCAGCCAAUAAUGGGUUUGCCCAGUGGGCAGCCUUUCCUUCCCCAACUAAUGAAUUAGAAAGCUCCAGCAAGGACAACAGUUGCUUCUUUCCACCUGAUGGCCAAGGUGACGUCAUCAAAGGCUGGCCUGGAGACUGUGGUCCAAUUCAAGACCCAUUAGCUGCCUGUCCUGUUCAGAGCAACAUCUCUAGUCCAAAGCCUGCUGAAAUGGAAAGGACAGCCAGUGUUAAAGAACCUGAGAAUUCUGACCUGUCUGAAGAUGAGGUUGCAAAUCAGAGAUACGGAAAGUUGUACCAAGAAUUAGAUGCACAGAAAAACGAGGUGACCAACUUAAACAGACUUGCUCAGGUGGAGGGUUCAGUUCCUUUUGUGGCUGAUUUUGAUAAUAUGUCUGAGGCCCUAGAAGGGGCAGAAACUAUUACAAAAGCAUCUCCAGAGGCAGUGGGAGAGGUGGAAGGGGAGGUAUCCCCAGCCCAGGCCCCAGAGGCUGAGGGCAUUGUCACAACACCUCCUGCAGAAACCACUACUGAAAUGGCAGAGACCACUGCAGCUACCAGCCCACCUGCAGAGACUGCUUCUAGCAUAGUGGAGUCUCCUGAAGCGGUUGAAACUAUGGCAGCAGAACAGACUGAGACCACCCCAACUGAUGAGAAAGAGCAAGUCAGCAAAGAGCCUCUGGCCCCCGAAGAAGAUAAAGAGUCUCCUAUUGAAGAGACUCCGACCAUAGAGACCAAACCAGAAGAUGAAACUGGUACAGUAGAGACCAAACCUGCAGAUGAACCUGCUGCCCUAGAGGUCAAACCAGCAGAGGAAACUGAUACCCUUGAGGUCAAACCAGAAGAGGAAACUGAUACCCUUGAGGUCAAACCAGAAGAGGAAAUUGGUACCCUUGAGGUCAAACCAGAAGAGGAAAUUGGUACCCUUGAGGUCAAACCAGAAGAGAAAAUUGGUACGCUAGAGGUCCAACCAGAGGAAGAAACCGAUACCCUAAUAGUCAAACCAGAAGGAGAAACUGGUACAGUAGAGGUCAAACCAGGGGAGGAAACCAGUAAGGAAGGGGCUUCAAAGAAUUUUGAAGAGGAGGAAAAGAUGCCUAUUCCCUCUGUGGUAAUUGAGCCUGCUUCCAGCAAUGAAGGCGAUGAUGACCGAGAUGGUGACAUCGUUUCUCCAGUAGCAAGCAGUGGAGAUGGAGUGACACCCGACAGCCAGACAGCAAAAGAUAUUUCCUUUUCUGGCAUGCCUCCAGGCUUCCUGUAUAAGGUUGAAACAAUGCAUGACUUUGAGGCUGCAAACCCAGAUGAGCUUGAUCUAAAGAGGGGAGACAUUGUUCUCGUUGUUCCCACAGAGCUGGUGGAGGAUCAGGAUGCUGGCUGGCUAACUGGUAUCAGGGAAUGCGACUGGCUACAUCAGGGAGCUUCUGCUCACAAAGGAUUAUUUCCAGAGAAUUUCAUACAGCGGCUGGGCUAAGGCCUCAGAGCAUGCUGGGACAUGACAAAUAAAAGCCAAGAGCUACAGACAGCCCUAACACUACAGUGCAGUCUGGAGCCCUGACUGACAGCUGUCAAUCAGAGCGAUCAAAUCAAACCGUAUCUACGAGGAAAAUACACAAAUAACAAAAAAGAGAGGACACAAAAAAGCUCCACUCAGAGUUUAAAGAAAAAACCAGAGCAUGAUGCGAUACUUAUGGUCUACCUUACUCUUGAACCAAGAGCUCUCUGUUUAUGUUUGUUUACUUGUAAGCAGCAAUGAAUUGGUGUGCUUUUUUUGGAACUGUGGUGACCUCCACAUGUAAUCCCUACCUGUUAAAAAGUAAAUUAUCCUCUAAAAUAUUUUCUCUGCAAGUGUAUCGUAUUGAGUUUGUUGCUCUGCAGCAAAAUUUUAUCCAAAUUUGUAGUGAUAUGACCUAUAUAACCGUUCUAAGUGUUACGCAAGACUUCAAUGUUUCCUUUAAGGCAUUUUCUGACCUAAAUGUUACCUUGCAUCCUUGUUAGUGUUCUCUGUAGUUUUAAUGGCUGGACGUGUACGGCUCUGGUGAUAAUAUCUCAAAAAAACCAUUGUGAUUUUAGUAUUAUAAUUCUCUACCUGGGUGAGGACAGAAUUCCAGGUAGAACCUUGUAAUACUACGGGCACAAUUCGUUUAUUAAAUACUUGCUGUGCUCUUGCCAAAAUAAUAACAAAAUCCUAAAACAUGUGAAGUGAUAAAAAGAGAAGUAUGGUUAUCUGUAGAGUUACAAACAUGAAAUAAUUUAAGAAGAUUUCUUUUUUGGCAAAAUGCAGCUUUGCAAAAAAAAAAAAAAAAAAACCUUAAUGCAGAACCUAGUGAUAAAAGUUUCCUUAUAUUCCUUAUAUCCACAAUUACAUUAACUGUAAUCCUGUGGAUGUGUAUGGGGAUUUUAAAAAAAGUGUUGGAUAAAGUUUUAUGUUUUGAAAAACUCUAUUUAUUUAACUUUAUAUUUUUUAAAAGUGCAACUCAGUGGGAGAGUUUGGGGCUGGGAUAUCUGCGAAAAUAUGCAAUAUGUGUUGUUUGGUUUAAAGGUAACCAUUGUCUUGAUUGUUUAGAGGUAGACGUCACUCCUGUGUUUGUUAGCCUUCACUGUAGAGAAUUGUGUACAAUAUCUGCGUUAAUUUAACUUUAAAGUGAAUAAAGAAUCCACCAUA